GUGGAGAAAGUUAUGAACGGUAUUAUUGUUACGUGUACUACAUGUGUCUGAAAUGACUGUGUUUCGUGUUUAUUAAAGUAAUUCUGGUACAUUAAUUACCAAAUUCUUGUUAUACUGUGCAUAAUGCAUAUAAAAACUGAAGUUAGUGUAUGCGUCCUAAGAAGGUCUUCCUAAGUGGUGUUAUUUAUAUAGUGUUCGGAGGAGAUAGCAUAUACCAGCGGGAAGCGUGUUAGUCAUUGAUAUUGCGAAGUUGGGCUUAUUUUAUUGGAACAUUAGAAAGCAUGGCAGAAGUGAUGGACUCCAAGCAGACGACAGACAACAACCUUGAGAAUAUCAGCCGCGUCCUGAAGAAGGUCCGGGACUUCAUCAUCCUCGUGUUCACCUUCUGCCUCUACCGUCUCUCUCGUCUGCUCGUCACUUCAUUCCAGAAGUUCACAUGGGUCGUAACAGGGGUCGAGAAAAUGCGCCGAGACACACGCAGUGGCCUGAACUUCCGGUCCGCCGCGCAUGUGCAAGAUAUAAAAUGGCGGCGGAAAAUACACCCGCUGGUAACGGCGGACGCUUCGAAUUUUAUAACAUUUCACAAUUCGUUUAAACAUCCAAACUGCGUCUUGAAGCCGCACGUGUCCCUCUACUGCGUGACGCAAACCGAGGCUGUGUUUGUGGAAUGUGACGAACUCGAGGACGUGUAUGCGUCAGACGGCAAUUUCCAUGACGCCCAGUUCAGGCAUGCGCGUCGGCUGGUCGUUCUUCCACGCGGAGUCUUCCACAAACUCGCCACGGACCUUGGCGACCCUAGGGUGCCCGUGAUGCUUAUUUCUAGUACCGGGCGGUGCGGGGCUACACUAAUGACCCGUAUGUUUGAAAAGGUUCCCGGUACGCGCAUUAUUCAGGAACCGGACUGUCUCACUACGCUCGCGUUCCUGAUGAAGACUUUGGCCUUGUCAGCAGUGGAAUACGACAACGUGCUCACGAGCGCCAUCCGUCUGCUGUGUAAGCCAGACGACAGGGUCGGGAUGAUAGUCAUCCGCUCGCGCCCUUGCUGCUGUACUCAGAUCAAAACAAUACAGAAACUCAUGCCCAGAAUCCGCCAAAUCUUCCUAUAUAGGAACAGCUUGCGGACUGUGUCGUCUUACAUAGGAACCAUGUCCAACGACACCACCGCCCAGUGCGCGCGUUUUAUCAUAGAUAAUGAGGUGAUCGCCACCAUCAUGCCGUUCUUCCGUAGGCUGUUUCACCACUACUUCAUGUACACAUUGGACCAGGAUCCCCCGCUCACCAGCCCGGGUUCCAUGUCGACGGUGGGCAUGUUCACGAGCGUUUGGGCGGCGUGCAUCACGUCCGUCGUGGAAUGCACGGAGAAAAACAUUCCCGUUAUUUCCGUCCUUUACGAAGAGAUGCUUAAAAACCCCUGGCGCACAUGCAGUGCCAUGUUUGAACGGCUCAACAUCCGGUCUCAGUAUGUGAACAGCGCAACGGACGCGUUCAAGGUCGACGUGAACAAAAACCAAGAGCUUAGUCAGACGUUUUACAACACGGACUCCAGGCGAAAAAUUCAACCGGAAGCGCGCGCUGAGGCAGACACAAUUCUCCGGAAAUAUGGAUUUCCAAAACUUGGGGAGAGAUUUGAACUGAUUGGGUUAAUGAACUUCGACCAUCCGGCUUUUAGCAAAUCUUUGUCCAAAGAUAAGUUUACGUAUUCAAGCUAAGAUGUGCAGUCGCUUGACAUUGGUUUCAAAUAGUCAAUGUAUUAUUAACCCAUUUAUGCCUAGUGGACUGCUCCAUCAUUCUAAAUUGGAUCAAUUUAUUUUCAAAAUUAGGGAUGUCUAGUAUAUUAAUUUCUAUAUUUAGAAUAUUUCUUACACACACAGAAAUUCCUUUAAGCAAACAGCGUAGACGCAGAUGAGACGCCGCAUUAUGCGGCGUCUCAUCUGGGUCUACUAUCUUUGCCAAGGCCUGUUUUCUAGACACUAGGCAUCAAUCGGUUUAAGUUGUAUUAUUGUAUAAAACGUGAAGAAUUUACACAAAAUGUUGUUACCGUCCUAACUUAUGUUGUCAACGUCCUAGGAAGCACUUAUAUGUUCACAUGUGAUCAUCACACAUUUGUGUUUACAUGAAGAUAACAUAACGUCAUACUCAGCAAAGUUUCAAGAUGAAAAAUGUCGAUACCAAUUGCUAAUUGUGCAGAUCUAAUCCUUUGUUGUUUAGGUAUCAUGCAUUAUCGGUGUUUGGAAAUACACCAAGCAAGCUGUCGUUAAUUUACGGCUACGUUUUUCCAUGAUAUUGUCAGGGCAUUACUGGUGAGUCUGCAUGCUUCUACUAUUCGGCUGGUUUUUCAAAGUUACAGGGAUUAUAAUGUUGUUUUCUUCUUCUCUUAAUGAAUAUCUGUUUUAAAUAAUUGACCAUUACAAUAAUUUUCGAACAAAUUCAAUAUACAUGUUCGUGUGACUGAAUAUGUUUGUGUGGCUGAAUAUACAUGUCUGUGUGGCUGAAUAUGUUUGUGUGCCUUAAUAUACAUGUUUGCGUGACAUAAUAUGUUACUGUGGCUGAAUAUACAUGUUUGUGUUACUGAAUAUGUUUGUGUGCCUUAAUAUACAUGUUUGUGUGGCAUAAUAUGUUAGUGUGGCUGAAUAUACAUGUUUGUGUGACUUAAUAUACAUGUUUGUGUGACUGAAUAUGUUUGUAUGGCUGAAUAUAAAUGUUUGUGUGACUUAAUAUACAUAUGUGUGUGACUUAAUAUACAUGUUUGUGUGACUGAAUAUGUUUGUGUGACUGAAUAUACAUGUUUGUAUGGCUGAAUAUACAUGUUUGUGUGCCUGAAUAUACAUGUUUGUAUCCGCGCUUAUGCCUGAUGUUAUGAAUGCGAUUCUAGUUGUAAUAACACUACAGACAUGCAACAAAAAUAUAUAUAACAUUAUAUAACAAUAACAAAUUUUCAUAAAACAAUA